GCGUCUAUGCGCGCGCGUGUGUGUAUAUGUGAGUGUGCAUAUAUGUGUGUGUAACCUAUAUGCUGUGUGUUUGUGGCGGGCUGCAGCUGAACCACUCAGCCGUCCGGAGCUUUGAGGUGGGCGGAGACUGAGCCUGAGGUCCUCCCGUCCGCAGCGACGCACCGUGCAUUCCGGACUCGGCACCCGCACCGUCCGUCCGAGGAAACAUCAUGGCAACGACUACUUGUACACGUUUUACAGAUGAAUACCAGCUGUACGAGGAGCUUGGCAAGGGGGCCUUUUCAGUGGUGCGCCGCUGUGUCAAACUCUGCACAGGCCAAGAGUACGCCGCCAAAAUCAUCAACACCAAAAAGCUCUCGGCCAGAGACCACCAGAAGCUGGAGAGGGAGGCCAGGAUCUGCAGAUUGCUCAAGCACCCAAACAUUGUUCGUCUCCAUGACAGUAUUUCAGAGGAGGGCUUCCACUAUCUCCUCUUUGACCUGGUGACAGGAGGGGAACUGUUCGAGGAUAUUGUUGCUAGAGAGUACUACAGUGAAGCAGAUGCCAGUCAUUGCAUCCAGCAGAUCCUGGAAGCCGUGCUCCACUGCCAUCAGAUGGGGGUGGUACACAGAGACCUUAAGCCAGAGAACCUGCUGCUGGCCAGCAAAUGUAAGAACGCAGCAGUGAAACUGGCUGACUUUGGACUUGCAAUUGAGGUUCAAGGAGACCAGCAGGCAUGGUUUGGCUUUGCAGGGACUCCUGGGUACUUGUCUCCAGAGGUUUUGAGGAAGGAGGCGUACGGUAAACCUGUUGACAUCUGGGCAUGUGGUAAGCCUUUUUGUCUGCAUUUCUCACUGCUGCCUCCUCCUUUGCCUUCUUGUCACUUGAAUAAAGGGUCAUGUUUUUCCUGUGUAGGUGUGAUCCUCUACAUCCUAUUGGUUGGAUACCCUCCGUUCUGGGACGAGGACCAACACAAACUCUACCAACAGAUCAAAGCAGGAGCCUACGAUUUUCCAUCUCCAGAGUGGGACACAGUGACACCAGAGGCUAAAAAUCUGAUCAACCAGAUGUUGACCAUCAACCCAGCCAAGAGAAUCACCGCCCAGGAGGCUCUGAAGCACCCAUGGGUCUGCCAACGCUCUACAGUGGCCUCUAUGAUGCACAGACAGGAGACAGUCGAGUGCCUGAAGAAGUUUAACGCCAGGAGGAAACUUAAGGGGGCCAUUUUGACCACCAUGCUCGUCUCCAGGAACUUCUCUGUGGGUCGGCAGACUACAGCCCCCGCUGCUGUCAGCGCUGUGGCUGGAACCACUGCCGGCAUCGUGGAACAAGCCAAGAGUCUCCUCAACAAGAAGGCUGAUGUCAAGCCCCAGACAAACAGCACAAGAAACAGCACAGUCACCAGUCCCAAAGGCAACGUCCCCUCUGCUGCGCUGGAACCUCAGACUACUGUUAUCCAUAAUCCAGUAGAUGGGAUCAAGGAAUCAUCUGACAGCAGCAAUACCACCAUUGAGGACGAAGAUGUGAAAGCUCGCAAACAAGAGAUCAUAAAGAUCACAGAGCAGCUUAUCGAAGCUGUCAACAAUGGAGACUUCGAGGCCUAUGCGAAGAUCUGCGACCCUGGUCUGACCUCAUUUGAGCCUGAGGGGCUGGGAAAUCUAGUGGAGGGAAUGGACUUCCACAGAUUUUACUUUGACAAUCUCCUCUCCAAGAACAGUAAGCCCAUCCACACCACUAUCCUCAACCCUCACGUGCACAUGAUCGGCGAUGAUGCCGCCUGCAUCGCCUACAUCCGCCUGACACAGUUUGUCGACGGACAGGGCCGUCCCCGUUCCAGCCAAUCAGAAGAGACUAGGGUAUGGCACCGCAGGGACAGCCGGUGGCAAAACGUCCACUUCCACUGCUCAGGAGCUCCUGCCGCCCCAAUGCAGGGAUGAGGAAUGUGAGACUGAGUACAAUACGGCAGUACCGGGGGAAAAGGAAAUAAAAGGAAUUACCUGAAAACGAGAGUGUUAUCGCUGAGAGAGAGGUGCAGGUGAGUGGAGAGCGGUUAAAGACGUCUGAGGUGUCUGGUUUGGGAUUCUGGUCCUGGCCCUGGUUCUGGUCUUGGUCUUAGUCCUGGUCCUGCACUCUGCACAUCCGCUCUUCUCUCUCUAUGUUUCGCUCUACAUCCUCACUAAUGGACAAUAAUAUCAACAUAAUGCUCCCAUCAUCAACCCUACAGCAAAGGGCAUAUCAGCCAAUACGGAAACGGGACAAACUCUUGAACCCAUGUCUCAUCUUCGGUGACGCUGCACUAGCCCAUCAUACGUGGACUUCACCUUGUCCUCGGCUACCCUAUAAUCCCUUUUUCCGUGCCACAAAGCCUCCACUGUGGCACUUUCCUGUUACAGAUGUACCCUUUUACUUCUACUUAAACCUAGAAUUAUUGUUACUUACUUCUAGUAUUAUUAUGGCUGCAGUUUAUUGUUGUGCUCUUUCAUCUGUACAGUAUAUUUAAUAGUAAUCUGACUCCCCUUUUUCUUUGAUUCUGUAUCUUUUUUAUGAUGAGCAUGACUCUUCUGUAUCUGUAUUCUUAUUACCAGUGGCUGUAUCUGCACGACUAAGGCUGCUUGUGUGAAAUGAACAUACAAUACCACAUGUCUCACAGAGAGACCAGUGGGUGUAUUUAAUUAUCCUUUUUGUUUUGUUGUUCAAUGGAGCUUUUUUUUCCUCUUUGGAGUGUAGCUGACCCCCUGAACCAACGCCUCCGUGUGUUCACCGGACCCUCUGAGCCGCUCUGUGAGACACUGCACACUCGCAGCGAAAACCAUGCAGCAUGCUAAGAUAUUACUGUUGUUCUUAAUUGAUUCUCUAUGUACUGAACAUUGCAAGUAACUACUGAAAUUAUGACAUGACAAAUAUCAUGUUUGAAAUUAUAGUAUGACGCUGUUAUGUAAAUUUGCAGUUUCAUCGUGGUGACUUAACUACAAUAUGCUGUAGAUGGUAUUUAAUUGCAUGAUAUUCCAAGUUAAUACAUUGGUAAGUUGGGUGUUAUCGUGCAUUUUGUUGAUUUUUCUCUUUUCAGACUGAACUGCUGGUAAAAUACUAUCUUUGCCUCUAUUUUCUGGGCUUUGUAAGUGCAUAAAUUAUUUUUGUGUUAAGAUGAUUGCAUAGGAUAUGAGGAUACUGGUGUGGAUGAUGACAGAAUAUGCCUUUUUAAAGAGUGUGUUGGAUCCAGAAAAUAUAUCUAUAUCUAUAUCUAUAUAUCUAUAUCUAUAUAAAUAUCUAUAAAAUAGCUCUUAAUGGUUUCAAAUGCAAAAGCCAAGAUCCAAAUUAAUGACUUUAUUUUUUUGUAAACACAUGUCCCAUAAUGAUCUCACAUCAAGACAUUUGUUAAGUUAUUUGUCAUUUUUUUUCAGUGUUAUAUUCAGGUUCAAAGUUCUACACACAAGGCAGAAUUUAGAGUAUUUCUAGAAAUGCCUUGGCUCAUUUUCAUGACAGAUUUCCAGUUAAAAUAAGAUAUCUGUAUCAAAUUAUUUAACACAUUAAGCAUCAGGGUUUUUUUUUUUUUUUUACCACUCACCUUUACUCAAGAUGCAGUAAGCAGCUUUCUUACAUUGGAUUUAUUCAGCUCUUUUUAUUUAGUUAAAUUGAUUGCAUUGGUGGUGAUGUAAUGAUCCAUUAUGUCACAAUGCAAUUUAGCGACCCUACACUUUUUGGAUUGACAACAUGAUCUGUGUAUUUAGGAAUAAGCACUGAACCUUGAGCUUGUUUGCAUUAUGAGAUGCACUUUUUUACAACCUUUUUUUGCAUUGUACAAUGAAACUCUGUACUGAAGACUGAGCCAAAGGGAUCGUAAAAAGCUGAGCCCCUUGUACUAUAACCCACUCUGUCCUCAAGAGGGCACCAGUUUAUAACAACAAGAAAUUAAGUCACCUAAAGGUAUCAUGUAAACCAGAACCAUGACCAGUGCAUUUCAUCUGUGAUGUAGUCUUUAGAGUAAUACAAGAUCAAAUGAUAUCGUGAAUUAUCAAACAGCGUUAUACUGGUGGUGAAUGUGUAUUUUUAUCUUUCCUUCCUUUAAAACCCUGUCAUGGUAUGAAGCCAAAUCCUACUGUCCUCCAUCCUGUCCAGUUCAAAGCCUAAUAGUAUCAGUAGCUACGUCAAUAGCAUUAACUUAGUUAUUGUCCCCUGUGACAACCAAUCCAUGUUUAGAUACUCAGUGUGAGGCAGAGGUGUAACAUUUAAGCUACAAAUUCAACACUGUAUUAAUCGCAUUAAUUGAGCCUCAUGACUGUUUUCCCGAGGUCAGAUGAAUGAUCUGGAAGUGACUGAUGACUGAGUAAUAGAACGCUACUCUGUGUAAAACAAACAUUUCUGUCUCUUAACUUUGUUUUUUUUUUUUUUUUUAAUUAUACUGAUUAUGAUGAUUCCUCCGGUGUGCAUUCCAAGUCUUAUCAGUAUUAAAAUGUGAUCAGAUGUAAUCAGUGUGUGAAACAAUAAAAUGACAAUGCAGAGACCACA